AUGUUGGUGGCCAAGGGCUUCCAACAAACUCCUGGUGUAGAUUAUUGUGAAACAUUCAGCCCUAUAGUCAAAUCCCCUACCAUCAGAGUUAUUCUAAUUCUUGCCAUGAGCUAUGGAUGUGAUAUUCAGCAAGUUGAUAUAAAUAACGCAUUUUUGAAUGGAGAGUUAGCUAUAACAGUUUAUAUGUACCAACCUGAAGGCUUUGUCAAUUCUCAAUUUCCCACACAUGUACGCAAAUUGAUCAAAGCUUUAUAUGGUCUUAAACAAGCUCCAAGAGCUUGGUUUGACAAGUUGAAGCAUGCUUUUCUAAGUUGGGGCUUUAUCAAUUCAAUAGUUGAUUCAAGUUUGUUUACUUACAAAAAGGAAGAUCAAUUGGUGCAUGUUCUAGUAUAUGGGGAUGACAUCCUUCUUACUGGAAUCAAUGCUACACUAGAGCAAGAAAUGGUUCUUAAGCUGAACAAGCAAUUUGCCCUUAAAACUUUGGGGUCUUUGAAGUAUUUUCUUGGUUUUGAAAUCACCCAAACUGAAUCAACUCUUCAUAUGAACCAAAAGAAAUAUGCUAAAGAUUUACUUGUUAAAACAAGCAGGUUUGCAUUCCACACCUAUGGUUUAUCUGAGAUUCUGAGGCAGCACUUAUGCAACCUUUUUGAUAAAGAAGUGACAUUUUUUUAUAUCAAUGUUCUGUUUCUCCAUGUACAGACACCAGGGUUAAACAUAAUUACCGAGUACGUAAUGGGUAUUAUAUAUCCUGGAAAACCGAUUGCUAAUGUAUGCUUCAAGACUUAUGGUUAUAUAAGCAUGGCUCAGGCCAUCUCCUUCCUCAGUGAUUUCAAGCUAGGGCACUACAUGAAGAUCCCUCCAAGAUCAAUGUUCUUAGUUCAGUUCAUUGGAACAAUUCUUGCUGGAACCAUCAACCUUACAGUGGCAUGGUGGUUGCUGACCUCCAUUGAGAACAUAUGUCAAGAUGAUCUCCUUCCUGUUGGCAGUCCCUGGACAUGCCCCGGUGAUAGAGUCUUCUUUGAUGCAUCAGUGAUAUGGGGUCUGGUAGGACCCAAACGCAUCUUUGGAUCACUAGGAAACUAUGCAGCCAUGAAUUGGUUCUUCCUUGGUGGUGCAUUAGGACCAGUCAUAAUUUGGCUAUUCCAUAAGGCCUUCCCAAAGCAAUCCUGGAUUCCGCUAAUCAACCUUCCAGUCCUUCUGGGAGCAACAGGAAUGAUGCCACCAGCAACUGCAGUUAACUAUAAUUCUUGGAUCAUAGUCGGAACAAUUUUCAAUUUCUUCAUAUUCCAGUAUCGAAAGCAAUGGUGGCAGAGAUACAACUAUGUUCUUUCUGCAGCUCUGGAUGCUGGGGUGGCGUUCAUGGCAGUGCUACUGUAUUUCUCAGUAGGUCUGGAGAAUAGAAGUUUGGAUUGGUGGGGCACAGCCGGUGAACAUUGUGACUUGGCAACUUGUCCAACAGCUGAAGGCAUAAUGGUUGAUGGUUGUCCGGCGAACUAAUGCAGCAGCAAGCAAUGCUUAAUAUUGUUUGUAUUUUUUUCUGUCACAUUUUUUUUUUUUUUACUAUGAAAGUUGCACAGGAUAGGAUUAGCAAGUAUUAUAACAGUGUUGUCACAAAAGUGAAGAGUGUCAAGAAGUAUUGUAUGUAUCACAUUGGGUGAUAAUUUCAAUACAAAGUUUAAUUCACAUUUUAA